GACGAGCGUUAGGCUACUUAUAACAUGACUACAGUAUUGUGUAACUGGGUAGGUGUGCACAAGGCGACAGUGGUGCUGAAAAGGACAGCUCCUCUGCGUAUAGGCCUAUAAGCAAAGUGCAGUGUCUUAUUUACAGACGGCGCCUGUGCAGGGAGUUCCUCCUCUUGUUUCUUGUGACUGAUGCAAAAAUAAGCAGCAUCAUCCCGAACGGACGCCAGUGAUAAGGAGCAUUUAAGAGUUAUGGUUGCAUGACUUCAGCCCCUGAGACUUAGGCCUUGGCUCACUCAUGGUGGAUUCUGAGUUUGUGGUGAGGGCGCCCCCUCUGGAUGGGAGGGAUAUGGAGCUGGAUGUGCUGGGCUUCCUGGACUCUCUGGGGGAGGACAACACCACAGCAGCAGAGAGGUGCUACCGCUCCCACUCCCGCAGCAGUGUCCUACAGGGCCUGCCUUUUGGAGGGGUGCCCACGGUCCUCGCCAUCAAUGUUGUCCUGUGGCUGUUUCUUUUGCUCAUCUUUUCCUGUUUGAGGAAGGCUGCGUGGGACUAUGGCCGUCUGGCUCUACUGAUGGAGAAUGACAGCCUCACGUCCCUGUUCUACGGAGAGCAGAGUGAGAAGGAGAAGUCCCCGUCAGAGUCCAGCCCGUCAGACUCCGACACCAAGGACUUGGGCUUCUGCUCUUGGCUUACAACACUUUACCAUAUGAAGGAUGAGGAGAUCAGGAGUAAGUGUGGUGUCGACGCUACGACCUACCUGUCCUUCCAGCGCCACAUCAUCCUGCUCAUGACUGUGGUCUGCCUGCUGUCUUUGGCCAUCAUCCUGCCUGUCAACUUUUCCGGAAACCUCCUAGGGGAUAAUCCUGAACAUUUUGGAAGAACGACUGUGGCUAAUCUUCCUGCGAAGGACAGCUUCCUGUGGCUCCACAGUAUCUUCGCUCUGCUCUACUUCAUCCUCACAGUGCUGUGUAUGGCCCACCACUCCUCACGCCUGGAGUACAGAGAGGACGAGAAGGUGGCCAGGACUCUCAUGAUCACCUGCAUCCCCAGAGAGAUCUCAGACCCAGGCCUCAUCACCAAACACUUCCAUGAGGCCUACCCGAGCUGUACUGUCACUGACCUCCGCUUCUGCUUCAACGUACACAAACUGAUGAGGCUGGACUCUAAGAGACGGAAGGCGAUGAAAGGAAGGCUGUAUUUUGCCACUAAGGCCCAGAAGGAGGGGAAGAUCAUGAUUAAGACCCACCCCUGUGCUACCAUCUUCUGCUGUGACGUAUGCGGCUUUGAGCAGGUGGAUGCAGAGCAGUACUACAGUGAGCUAGAGGAGAAACUGACUGAUGAGUUUAAUGCAGAGAAGCAUCGCAUCUCGCUCAUGAGGCUGGGCAUCGCCUUUGUGACCUUUCGGGACGAAAGGAUGACUGCUGUUAUUGUCAAGGACUAUAGCAGGGUCCGUUGCCGUCAGAAACCACAGCAGUCAAGCAUCACCACGGUAGUUCAGUCUCACAGGUGGGGUGUAAACUACGCCCCGGCACCAAGCGACAUCAUCUGGGAGAACCUCUCAGUGUGUGGCUCCCGCUGGUGGCUUCGCAGCGUCCUGCUCAACAUUCUCCUCUUCCUCAUCCUCUUCUUCCUCACCACUCCCGCCAUCAUUGUCAACACCAUGGACAAGUUCAACGUCACCCGGCCUGUGGACAGCCUGAGGAGCCCGAUCAUCACUCAGUUCUUCCCUACUCUAUUGCUCUGGGCAUUCUCUGUCCUGCUGCCCUUCAUAGUCUAUUACUCAGCCUUCUUCGAGUCUCACUGGACCAGAUCCAGUGAGAACCAGAUCACGAUGCACAAGUGCUUUGUACUGUUGGUGUUCAUGGUGAUCAUCCUGCCCUCGCUGGGUCUCUCCAGUCUGGAUCUGUUCUUCAGGUGGCUGUUUGAUGUCAACUUCCUGGAAGAAAAGGAUGUUAAAUUGGAGUGUGUGUUCCUGCCUGAUAACGGCGCGUUCUUUGUAAACUACGUGAUCACGUCCAGCCUGAUCGGCACGGCCAUGGAGCUGCUGCGUAUCCCAGCUCUGAUGGUGUAUGCUCUGCGUCUCUGUUUGGCCAAGCCCGGGGCCGAGCGCAUCCACGUCAAACGGAGCCAGGCCUAUGAGUUCCAGUUUGGUCUGGAGUACGCAUGGACCAUGUGCAUCUAUGCUGUUAGCAUGACUUACAGUAUCACCUGUCCCAUCAUCAUGCCCUUUGGGCUGCUCUACCUGAUCCUGAAACACAUGGUGGACCGUUACAACAUCUACUAUGCCUACGUGCCCACCAACCUCAACCAGCGCAUCCACACUGCAGCCAUCAGCCAGGUCAUCGUGGCGCCCAUCCUCUGCAUGUUCUGGCUCCUGUUCUUCUCUGUGCUCAGGCUGGGCCCAAUGCGUCCCAUCACCCUCUUCACAUUUGUGUCGCUGCUCUCCUGCCUUGUCUUCUCCCUCUUCAGCUUAUGCCUUAGGAAACAGCCUGACAAGUCAUCAAGCUACCAGAUGUUUGACCAGAUGUCUGCUGACCAGCCAGCAGAAGGGGCCUUCACUGAUGCAGAGAGAAGCUCCACCCCCCUCCUCCACCCCCUCCAAUCUGUUUGUGGCAUCUGUGUUGCUGGAGCCGGAGUUAGGCCUGACCCCCAUGCCCUCCCCAGCUCACCAGAGCUACGGGACUAUGGCCAGCUCCCAGGACAGAGAGGAGCAAGAGGAGGAGGAAGACCAGGUUGAGACUGUCGAGACAGAGCUCCAGGACCCUCCUAACCCCUAUUACUCCAGCCCCCUCAUGGACAGCCCAGUGUGCUACCAGUGACUCACCCCCCUCCCUAACCUCCAUACCGUCUCCUAUUUGUAAGAGAGAAAGAUGUUUUUUUAAAACCCUUGUUUUACCCUCUUCCACAUCCAAGCCACUCUGACUCUACAAUGUUUGUGAGGGACCCUUUUGGAUAUUGUGUUUGGAGGUUCUUUGGAACCAAAGGCUGAAAUAGGUUCUUCCCCAGCCCAGUGGAGGGGAUGUGGGGGCUUCAUCUUAAAUAAACAAUACUGAGGAUACUUCAAACAAAAGUGCAUCUGUAGUUUUCUGACUACUUCAUGUCUCCCUUUUUCCCCCUCUAUAAGUGAAUGAACUUUACCAUACUGUAUGUGACCUGACUGGGAGUGACUGUGUAGUGAAGGACACUAUCUUUGUGUACCACUGGGAAAGGAGUAGGGAUGAAUUUCACCAGUUCAGUGGGUUUUAACCCAACGACCCUACUAGACAGAAUGGUCUUGGCUCUGGGGGAUCUGGCUCUAGUGUGGUAGAGCUCUGCGAGGCAGGGCUGCGGGUCGGGAUCAAGCCAUCUGCAGUGGGAGAACAGGACAGACGGAGGGAAGGCAGAGUGGAACUCCGAGCUCUAACACCCUAUGGAGGGGAAGGGACAACGGGUCUGAUACGAUUGCAUUUAUUGUCAAGGUUCUUGUUUUUGCUCUUCUGUACUGUCAGUUGUAUGUGAUAUUAUUGUGCUGAGGGGCGGACUGUGUGUAUUGUUUAAUAAUUUAUAUAUAGUGCCAUCCCUUUUUAUUAAUGUUUAUCAAUGACUGUUAUUAUGAGAACAUCAUAGUUGUGUUCAGUAGGAGGAAAUGGGAGAAAAGAUUUCAGAACAGAAAACAAAAAGGAGUACUCUUAUUGGACAAGUUCAGGGAGCACCUGAAGUCCUCAAUUUUUAGAACAUUAUCUCCAAUUGACUUGGGUUUUAAAACGUUGUGCGUAAAGGUCCGGCCGCAAAAAUAGUCUUGAAAAGAUACUAGUAGUACCCUAUUGCAUCAUGGUUUCAGUAGUCCAAACCAGUCGUCCGCUCCACUGCAUGUUGCGAACAUAUACAUUGUAAUACUCCAUGUCCACCCAUCAAACUAAAGACUCGGCUGACCUCACUGUUUGAUUCAAUCAUACAGUAACCUUUGCUAGUUUUGUAUUGCGAGUGUUUUGCUGCUCGGGUGAGAGGUUUCCAUGCCAAACUAAAUGGAAACUGAUUGAGUUUUGUCAUUGUGCUCUCUUGCUGUGCCUUGAAGAAAAACUCACUAUGUUGCAUGGACUGAACUGAAGAGUAAGUCGCUCUGGAUAAGAGCGUCUGCUAAAUGACUUAAAUGUAAAUGUAAAUGUAAGAGCAGGGAAAAGCGGGAGACCGAUUCAAACAAACACUCAUAUGUGCACAUUCUGGCCAUAGUUCUAUCCAACGCAAAUGAUAGCUAUUAUCGUACUACCUACUUUGUGUGAGCAGCCAUCUUCCUGUGUACUGUGUGUCAUACAGUUCCUUCAACCAAUAGACAAGCAGCAGACCUGGGUUCAAUAAAGUACAUGCAUAUAAGUCUUUAGUAAAAGUUGUAUUUUCUGAGUUUUGAAUAUUUUCUAAUGUAGCUGAAUGUUACUAUCUUUUCUUGAAGUAUUAGAAAGUAUAUUCUAAUAGUUUCCUAUAAAUAGCCUACUUUUUUGACAUGCUUAUUUCCAAAUACAUUUAUUAAAAAUUAAAAAUAAAUGUACCCUAAAGGACAAGGUUCGAAUGCAUGGAGUAUUUAAAUGCACUUGUCUGUGUAUUUGAGGAUUUUCAAGUACAUGCCAAUAGUUCCAAAUACAUUCAAAUAUUGAACUACUUAUUUUCAAUGAAAACACAUCGACAUACUUGCUUCAAAAUGUCUUUGAAAGUAAUUGAAAUAGUCUUUGAACCCAGGUCUGUCGAGCAGUGUGCUACACAAACCACCGAGCUAAUGAUGUUGACUCAUUAUGUGCAGACUAUUUGCUAGUCUGAUGGGGUUUUUCAAUGGAAGCAUUUGGAUUGUGGCUUUAAGGUGCCUUGUUGUCGGUGUCUUUGCAGUUUCUAACUGCUGUAUUCUGUGAUCAUAUAUUCAAGCUCUUUGUCGAUGAUAUAAUGGGAUUUGAACAUUGAUUCUCUGGUGUCUUUUCCCUUCCUAUGAGUUGAUUAUAAGCUGUAGUUACAGUACCAGUCAAAAGUUUGGAUACACCUACUCAUUCAAGGGUUUUUCUAUAUUUUUUUUACUAUUUUCUACAUUGUAGAAUAAUAGUGAAGACAUUAAAACU